AUGACCGCAGCCGCACAGCCAUUCUCCGUGCCUAGCCUGGAGCGCUGGAACAAGGAGGAGGGCUCUGUCUACAUGCUGAAUAGCGGCGACCUGGCCAAAGAACGCGAGCGUCUUGAGUACAACCACUACAACAUCUGGCUGCCCCUCUGUGGUGGUCUCUGCCCUCCGCAUAUUUUGGAAUACCUCGAGCAAUUACCGGCUCCGCACGUCGCGGAGAUCGCGACAGGAACCGGCGUAUGGCUCAAAGACAUGGCAAGGCAGCUUCCUGCGUCUGCGAAGUUGCGGGGUAUCGACAUGGACUCCACCAAGUUCCCACGGGCUUCAGAACUUCCGCCGAAUUGCUCAAUGAUGCAGCACAACGCGCUGCAGCCUUUUCCCGAGCAGAUGUUGGGGACUUUUGAUAUGGUCCAUGUGAGGCUGGUUAGAUUGGCCAUGAAGACGGAAGACUGGGGUACUCUUGCGCGCAACCUUUUUACCCUUUUGCGUCCAGGUGGGUAUCUGCAUUGGGAAGAGCUGGCAGAUUCAUCGUGGAAGUGUAUUCCACCGAGCCGUGCUUUUGACGAAUGGAAGAGAAUCGGGACACUGUGGCAAAUGAACGUCGGGCGUGAUCCGUUUAUGCCAGCUCGGCUACCUGUUGUAUUGCGAAAGUCAGGCUUCACAGACGUUGAAGAAAAGACCUGGAACACAUACAGCGUCGAAGAUAAAAUGCGCGGUCCAAUGAAGAGGAUUUCCACUGAGGCUGUCCGGCCAAUUAUGCUAGCAAUACUCGAGGAUGGUGGAACUGAGGGGCUUGAGAGUGUCAGAGACAUUGACCGGUUAGAAAGUGAGAUGAGACAGGAUGUUUUGAACGGAACCCUGGUUGGGUUCUCGUAUGUCUGGAUCUGGGGUCGGCAUCCCUGA